GCCACCGGGCGAGGGAUGUAGGGCGACAGGUGCCUCAGGGCGGCCCGGCCGACCGCCGGCGGGCGAGAGAAGCCUUGGAGCGGCCCUCAGCCGUUACGCCACUGUUAGCGGCCUGGCUGACGUUACAUUUGGCCUCCCGUGCUUUGACGACAGGCGCGGCCGUGUCGUAACAGUGACGGCCUGGAGAUAGACGAGACGCAUGAGGAGAAGCUGCUUGGUUUUCAAACCAUGCGCGGUUGGGAAGGGAACCCUUGGGCGCGAGUGACGUUGCUGCCGGUGGCGGUGGCACAGUAACGGCACCAAGCGGGUAACGACGCUAGGGGCUCUAGGCGGGAGCCCUGCCGGCCCUCUCCCCCUCGGCUCUAGUGCUGGCUGCCGGGAAGCCUCCUUCCCCUGCACCCCCAAGUGGAGUCCAGAGGGGAAGGAAGUGGUUGCGCGGGUACAGACCUUUGAUGUGGCCAGGCCUCGGUGACCAGGGGAUGAUCGAGAACAUCAUGUUUUCUCUGUACUAAAAAAGCCCUACUUGGUGACCUUUAGUUUAGUUUUGAUGCUGUGCUUCCAUGACAGUUUUCAAGACCUGAGUGAACAAAGCAGUCUGGUCUGAGCUCAUUGCAGACCCUACGUUCAGCUCUCAGGAUUCCAACCUUGUUUAUGCUAAGAUCAUCUUCUGUUUUGUUUUGUUUUUCUGGAAGGCCUUAUAUUUGUCUGGCUCGUUUUUCUAACCCUCCUUUACCUCAUUUCCACAAGUGAUGCAAAGCAGGGAUUUGUUUUUCGUAAGUGUAUCAGCGUGAAUGCUUACUCUACCCUGCCUUAAUCAAUGAAGCUGCUCCAGAUUUCUUCACAAGCUAUUUAAAUUCUGUCUACACUGUGCUCUUCUAGAUAGAUACCUACUCUUCAUUGUUAAUCCAAUAUAGGUACUUGAUAGUUCUCUACAGUCUACCAAGAUGUGGUUAUGGUUUGCUGUAAUGAGAGUGGCAGUGACCAGCGUACAGCAGUAGCCAUAGCGUUGCUGUCCUUAGCAAAAGACUUUCUGUAAAACACAUGCUCAUGAGGUUGGUUUAGCUAAUUUUUUUAAAAAAGUGAAGAUUUGUAAUUCAAAAUACUGAGAAAUCAAAAAUUUCUGAAUUAAAUUAGGGAUUAAUCAGCUGAUCCUAGCAUCCAUUUCCUAUAGAAGAUACAUAGGUGUCUCAUUAAGUAACGAAACUUAAACACCUUUACUCUGUAGAUACAGGUCACUGUGACUGUGCUAGCAAGCAGAAUCCCAGAUAACUUCCAGGGCUGUCCAUAAUGUUGAGAGGAGUCACUCAUGGUGCAAAAGACAUAUUUACCUCUCUGUUGGCAAAAUCUCAGUACUGUAACCUGGGACUGAAUUUUUCAUCAGUAUGGAAUGAAGCAGCAAACAGAAGCUUUCUAAUACAUUCUACUUACACAACUGAUACAAGAUCAAGACAGGAAAAUGAAAAAACCAUUGAGAGUCUCUACAAAUUGUCAGUUGACAUUAAGAAGAUACGCAGACUAAAGGAGUGGGUCCUCCUCCGGGAUGUGGCCUAUGUUAAAGAAAUUGCUGGCAUCUUACAAGAAAUGGGAGCAGAUGAGACCACUGUAGCCAGUAUUUUGGAACGCUGCCCAGAGGCAGUUCUGCACACCCCUGCAGAGGUGAACUCUCAAAGAGCUCUGUGGCAGUUGGUAUGCCAGAAUGAAAAACAGUUGAUAAAAUUAAUAGAGCAAUUUCCAGAGUCUUUUUUUUCUACUAAAUAUCAUGAGAACCAGAAAGCAAAUAUACUGUUUUUUCAAGAGUUGGGACUUAAGAAUAAUAUAAUCACCAGGUUCCUGACAAGUGCACCCAAUAUUUUCCAUAAUCCUGUUGAGAAGAACAAAAAUGUGAUAGAGAUACUACAAAAAAAAUAUUUGAGUUUAGGGGGUUCUGAUGCAAAUAUGAAGAUCUGGAUAAUGAAGCUAUUGAGCCAAAACCCAUUUAUUUUAUUACACAGCUCCACCACAAUCCAGGAGAACUUGGAAUUUCUUCAAAAGAAUGAUUACACUGAUAAGGAAGUUCUACAGCUGCUCUCCAAACUCAAAGGUUUUAUUUUUCAGCUUACUCCAGCUACCAUGGAGAAGAGCAUGCUUUUUUCCAAAAACGUCUUUAAGUGCAGUGAUCAAGAAUUGAAGGAGCUCGUGCUGAAAUGCCCAGCCCUUCUGUACUAUUCUGUUCCAGUUUUGGAAGAAAGAUUUGAAGGACUACUGAAGGAAGGAAUUUCUGUAGCACAGAUUAGAGACACCCCAACGGUGCUGGAGUUGACAACACAAAUUGUUCAGUACCGAAUUAAAAAACUCUCUGCUUUGGGAUAUGAUGUGAAGAGUGGAAAUCUGGAAAGCUUGAACGGUACUAAGAAAGACUUUGAAGCCAAUUAUGGUAAGAUACAAUCAAAGAAGGAGAGACCAAUUUUUAAUCCUGUGGCUCCUAUACACAUUGAAGAUUAAUCUGAAUGCUGUACUUAAAGUUAUGCAAAAGAAAAUUAUCAAAAGAAAAGAUGUUGGUUCUCUGAGAACUGUACUUUGUCCUGGGGUGCGUCUUAGGCAUAAUGUCAUUAUGCAAUUGUAGCUUUCUGAUGCUUUCAAGUAAUACCAUAGAACCUGCUUCUGAUGAAGGUCACCUUUUUUCCCCAAGGAGUACCUUACUUUUUAUAAUUUUUUGUAAUUUUUUUUUUUUGGGGGGGGGGUGUGCUUCUGGUACAUUUCCUUAUCUAACAGGGCAUUAACUGCUUUGGAUUUCCAGCUCUGUCACUGCACAGUCUAGCCUUUGGGAAUGAUUAGCACAUUCUUUCUCUGAGAAGGGAAAAGGGGAGUGAUUUUUCCAGCAGUGUUCAUCAACACACUGGUUCACUGACUUCUGGAGACGCUUGGAGUUCUAUUCAUUAUUGCUGCAGUGAGUAGCUCCAGCUCCUGCAUCCCAGUCUGACGUCUUAUAUAGGAAACCCUAGCUAGAGUGCAGGGCAAAAUAUUUUUGAUGUAGUGACUGCUCCAAGCGAGGCCCCAGUGUGCUUGUGUACAGCCAUCCUGCAAAGGAACUACAAGACAAUCUCCUUUCUAUUUCUGAGACUUCAAACCCCACUGCUUUUGCAAGAGGUUUGAAAGAGGAGGACAUACUUUCAUUGCUAUUGUCUGACUCUUAAUUUCUUCUUUUGAGUUGAGGCUCAGGGAGAGAUGCAAGGCAGCCCAAGAUGAUUGUAUGAGAAAGGAAAGUCAUGCUUUUAUGUUCGAUGUAACAAAACUCUAGUCUGUAAACCACUGGUGAUUAAAAAGGACUACCAGAUUUGCAAACAGCUGCCAAAGUUUCUAAAUAUAUUGGCGACUUUGCUUCUCACAUAUCACUGUAUGGUAAUUGUUGACAAGUGCUGGCUCUCAAAAUAGUAACUGUCUGACAAUGUUUAAGUUCUAUGGGGACUUUAUUCAUUUUCAUUUAUGGGCUGGGAAAUAACUGAAAAUAGUAGCGUCUUUGACAAUCAUCUCAGUAGCAUUAGGAUUAUCAGUGAUUUCUCAGAAAGAAUUUCCUAAGCAAGUGUUCCACACACAUUCCCUCCUGACAGCAGAAGGGAAAAACAGUUGCACAACCCCCUCACUUCAGGCCAUUCUUCAAGGUCAUUUUUAAACCACAUCUUGGCAGCAAGCGCAGGGUUCCUUUUCUUCAGGAGAAGUUUUAAAUUGCUGAGGAAAGCUGGUAUUGAAUUACUCGUUUAGAGGGUGGACUGCAAGAGGAUGAUUUUUGAUAGCCUGCCACAUUAUCGACUGCAAGCUUGGAAAGGGCUAGAAACAUCUGGUUAGAGCAGUGCCAAGAUCUCAACAGCUGAAGGUCUUAAACUCACCACCAUGUGGUCAAAUGUGGACGUGACAGCAGCCUGCAGGAAUAAACACCACCUUUGUUGAGCACGCAAGACUGGCAAGGAUUCAAGAAGGGGCACAUACCACCAGCACAAUAGAAGUCAGGCUGUGUUACUAA